AUGGCAUUGCAGUGGGUGAUUCUAACAUACGUGGUGACAGCGGAGGCAGCUGUAGCAAUUCUUUUGACUCUGCCAUCUCCAAAGGCUUUGAAAUCUCGCAUUGUAUCACUUAUCUCGCUUAUUCUCCAGCCUUUACUCUUUAUCAUACCCUUCGCUGCUUUUCAGCUCCUGGAUAUAUACUGGAAGAAUGAACAUAGAUUGAUGUGUACUGGGGAGAUCUGUACUGCUGCUGAGAGGGAUCGCUAUGAGAAAUCGAUCUACAAGGCUCAGGGGAAUGCUGUUCUAUGUAUCGCUGCGUGCCUCCUUUACUGGUGCAUCUACCGUAUUUCCAAGUAUUACACAGAGAUUCAAAGGAUGGAGGAGAUUGAGAAGCGGUUAAAGGACGAGUAG